CUGUUCUCACGUUGUUGUUGUUGUUAUUAUUAUUAUUAUUAUUAUUAUCGUGGGCGGUGUGCGUUCGUUGUUUGUGCGCCGUUGUGCGCGGUACGUGUGUGCGCGCGCGACCAUCGAUAAUGUGCGGCGGCGGGCCCCGGAGACAAACAAUAUAGUUGGCCGUGGCCCGCGCGCGCGUCUUGAUCUAAUCGACGCGGCGCGGACACACACACAUGACACACAAACACACCACUGCGUGCCGGAGGUCCUACGUACGCCGCCGCCGUAGCCGUGUUCUUGCGCCUUACGAGUUGCGCCAGGCACAUGACGUCGUUCUGUAUCACAUAUCGUACCGUUUGUCCACUCCAGCACUACGGUUGUGCUGCGUCACAAGUGCUCUUCGCAAUUGUGUCUCCCUGCAGUAGUGGUCAUGUGUAUUACUAGUAAUGUAGGAGUAACGGGAGGAGUGUGUCAUAGAUUUGACCGCCGUGUUUCUGCGAAAAACCGAUUUUUUCGCGCCGUGCACCGUAACAUUUUAUCAUUGCUACUUUCGUCAUCUUGUUAUACCGCCGCGCCACGUAUAAUACUUUUAAUACGAUAUCGUUAUGCGACCGAAUAUUAUUACGUUUUGUACCCGUCGUUGCCGGACGGAUGAAAAUGUUCCCACCGUGGUUUCGUUGCCUUGGACUGAAAAUCCGUAUUUUUCACGUACGUUCCGCGGAAACGCAUGGAACUUUAGAGCCUUUACGGUCCAUUUUUUCCUAUCAUUUCCAUCGAUCAUCGACGUAAUAAUAAUUAUGGUAUUAAUUCAAUGUCGUCGUACACUUUCCCCCAAUGUUCUGCCGCCCGACACAAUCGAACGCAGUGUUGUUAACUCCGAAAUUCCCACACACAACAUUGCGUCUUUAUUCGCUCCUCGCGUCGUCUGUUUAUAUAAUUAAAAUAAAAUUUUAUGUACGUAGGCGUUAAACCUAUUUAUUACUAUCAAGCGAACCUCUAUUUCGUUUCAAUUCAAAAAGCAGAUUAUGCAUUUUAGAUUUCAUUCAGUCAUCAAAUUUUAUUCAGCAUUAAAAUUGAGACAAUCCUGAGUUGUCUACUUCAUUAUUUAUUAAAUUUGUAAUUUCUAAACAAAAUCAUUACAAUGAUGGACCGUAGUGGGAAUGACAUCAACAUGACUGGAGACAGUGAUCUUGAUGACGACGGUUGUUUAUCAUCAGAUGAUUGCGAUGGAGAUUCCAAUCAAAGUCAAAGUGAUUUAAUGUCUGCAGCAAUGGGAGAUGAUGUGACUGCCCAGCUUGCAGCAGCAGAAAAACGCAAUAGCGGAUCGUCGAACAAUAGGGGUCUUUGUUAUGGUUUGUGUCGAUCAGGACCGGUUGGAAUGGCUGCUGCUGCUGCAAUUGUGUCAUCCAAAAAAAGAAAACGGCCACAUUCAUUUGAGACAAAUCCAUCCAUUCGUAAACGACAACAUAAUCGGUUACUACGAAAACUUAAAGUUACCAUUGAUGAAUUUGCUACUAGAGUUGGUCAACAAGCCAUAGUUUUAGUGGCAACUCCUGGAAAGGAAACUACAGGUUUCAAAUGUUUUGGUGCAAAACCUUUAGAAGAUGUUGUAAAAAAUUUACGAGCUACUAUUAUGGACCAAUUGGAUACGGCAUUAGCUCAACAUGCACCACCCCCUAUUCCAGAUGAUCCUACUCUAUAUGAGUUACCACCACUUAUUCUUGAUGGAAUUCCAACUCCUGUUGAAAAAAUGACUCAGGCUCAAUUAAGAGCUUUUAUACCUCUUAUGUUAAAAUACUCUACAGGUAGAGGAAAACCUGGUUGGGGAAGAGAAACUACUAGGCCACCUUGGUGGCCCAAAGAAUUACCUUGGGCCAAUGUUAGAAUGGAUGCUCGGUGUGAAGACGAAAAACAAAAAAUUUCUUGGACUAGAGCAUUAAGACAAAUAGUCAUUAACUGUUAUAAAUAUCAUGGUCGAGAAGAUUUAUUGCCUACAUUUAGUGAAGAAGAUGAAACCAAAACAAUUGUUACUAGUGUUGCAAGUCAGUCAAUUGUUACUUCUGUGCUCAAAUUCAAUCCUAAAGCAAGUAAUAUUGAAGCAAGAAAUUCACCAGAUGCCCAAGAACAACAGCAACUCACUCAGUAUUCGCCAGCAUUUCUGCACUCUAUUAGUAAUGUUGAUGGAUCAAUGUCCAUAUUUCAUGUUGAUCCUAACAAUCCAAUUAUUACAUUACCUGAUGGAACUCAAGCCCAUGUUCAAGGAGUUAUAAAUGCAUCUCAAGGAGCAAAUGGCCAUACUGUUCAUUCUGUUCACACUAUAGGGGAAAAUCAAAAUCAAGAUGGUGUGACUGUAGAUAUAUUAAAUAAUGUACCUGAGGCCACAUUAAAUCAAGAAGGCCAAAUAAUUAUAACUGGUGAAGAUGGACAAGUAUCAAGUAUGAUUACAGUCCCUGUAAAUACUUCAUUGUACCAAACUGUAGUUCAACAAAUUAGUGAUGGUAGCAUACAGGUUGUCACACCGGUUAUGCAUAUGCCCAAAUCAGAGCCCGGUGGUGGGAUGGAUUCAUCAAAUGGUGAAGUGGAAACUAUUAGUGUACCACAUCAAUUGGUAGCCAUCACCGGGCAAAAUGGGGAACAAGUGUUGCAGUUGAUCUCAUUAAAAGAUAAUAAAAUAAUAAAUGCCUCGGUUGGCGAUAUCAAAGAAGAAGGCACAAAUAUGUCCAAUUCGGAUCAAUGAGAACAACUUCAACAUUACCUGUGCUUUGAUGACAUUGGCAAAUAAAUUUUCUAUAAUGUAGGGUAAUGAAAUUGGUAUUCUCUAAAAAAAUAUUAUAUAAUAACAUGUAUAAAAAAUAAAAAAAUAUAUUUAAUAUGUCUGUGUAUGGGUGAUCUAAUAAUGGUAAUACAUGUAUUA